UGAGGCACAAAGCGCCCGCCCACCAGCUAAAGGUACCAAUAUGGCGGAGGCUUCCCUAGGGAGUUCAAGCCCAGUUGGCUCUUUAUCGUCAGAGGAUCAUGACUUUGAUCCCACAGCAGAGAUGUUAGUCCAUGAGUACGAUGAUGAGAGGACUUUAGAGGAGGAAGAGUCUCAGGAAGGAGGCAGCAACAUCAGUUCGGAGCUUGCAGAUCUGGAGAAGGAGGGAAACAUGCCGCUGGAAGAGUUGUUGGCGAUGUAUCGGUGUGAAGCCUCUGUUGGCUCCAGUAUAGACAGUUCUUCAGGCGAUCUGACCGAUGAGCUGCCAGACAUGACGUUAGACAAGGAGGAGAUAGCCAAAGAUCUGCUGUCGGGGGACUACGAGGAGGAGACUCAGUCCUCUGCUGAUGAUCUGACUCCAUCCGUCACCUCACACGAGACCACAGACUUCUUCCCCAGAACCCUGCGAUCAAAUGCCAUUUCUGAUGGAGAUAAAGAGUCAGAUUGUGAUGAUGACGGCCCGAGCCCUGAAGACUCCAGAAAAGAAAUCCAAGUGGGCUCUGAAUACCAGGCAGAAGUCCCCUCUUGCCUAUGUCACUACAAGGAUGAGGAAAAUGCUUAUGAAGAAGAGGAUGAGUUGUUGUGGAGCCCGGCGACUUUGUCAGAAAACAAAGUUCGGAGUUUCCUCAUUGAUGUGGCAUCGCGGACGUUUGAGGAGAAAUUGGGAUGUGACAAAGCAGGGCCACACGUGAGGGACAAUGAGCAGGCUUUGCAUGAGCUGGUAAAGUGUAACUACAACACCCGGGAAGCACUGGAGAGAUACUGCAGUCACCUCAAGUCCUCAAAAGAAAAAUCCCCUCCGUGGUCAGAAGAGGAGUGUAAAAACUUUGAACAUGCACUACAGAUGUAUGAUAAGAACUUCCACCUCAUCCAGAAACACAAAGUCCCGACCAGAAGUGUAGCAGAGUGUGUGGCGUUUUACUAUAUGUGGAAGAAGUCUGAACGCUUCGACUUCUUUGUGCAGCAGAAUCGAUUUGGCAAAAAGAAGUACAGCAGCUAUCCUGGUGUAACAGACCUGAUGGAUCGGCUGGUGGAUGAGGCUGAGGGUCUGGCUGUAGACAGCUCUUCGUCUGUGUGUUCUGGAGCCGGAGGAGGGGGGAGACUAGAGACGACCACAGACCAACAGCUCAGUCUGCUCAACUCUAUCACAGCCAGCGACCUGACAGCGUUGAGUAACACUGUAGCCACAGUGUGCAGCCCUGCGGAGGUCAGCUGUCUGGACUCCUACUCGUUCUCUCCUCUGGAGACUCUGCACCGCGGACCCCUGAACCACGAGGAGCCCCUUGGCUUCCCGUCCAACGGAGGAGAUCCCGACUGCUUGAACAUGCUGGACGCAGGUUUCUACCACUCGGACCUGGGCUGUGAGCGGCCGUCCAAAAGACUCAAGAUGGCGCUGCCCGACUCAUUCAUGAGUGACGUGUCUGUGGGCGGUCUGGACUUUGAGUCACGGCGCAGUUCGACUCAUCACCACAGAAUCACCGGGGCCAAGAUGGCCGUCUCCGUCACAGACUUCGGCAGUUUGUCCAACAGUGCAGAGCCCAACGGGUUUCUGAGCGCACACGCGCGGCACCACACGCCGCACACUGCAGCACUUCAGUCCGAGUGAUAACUGUCUUCUAUUGUACAUAAGACUGACCUCAUUGGAGAAUCCCAUUUGUUUAAAUUCUAUUAUAUAUAUCUAUAUAUAUGUAUAUGAAUCUACUUUUUCAUUUGUGUAAUAUGACAUCAGUGAUGUCUACCAUAUAGAACUAAAUCUUGAUUUCUCUCAAGAGUUUAUAUAGCCAUUUAAUUUUAUUUAGUUGCGUUCUUGAUGUGUAACGUCCAUGUACAGUGGGGCCCGAGGCUGCAGUUGGAGAGUUGUGUAUCUUCCUCAUAUUUAAACACAACAUCUCCAGAGCUCCUUCUUAUCCUGCCAUUUUGUUCAGCUGCCAAAUUAGCUUAGUCCUCCUCCUUUAGUGUUGCUGUGUGUGGUUUGAAGUGGUACUUUUAGUGUUUGGUUUACAGGUACUUUUGGGUCACCUCAUUCUUUGCAUUUGAACGAAACACUAGCAUCGAGUGGAGCUGGGGCUAAAGCAGGGGGUGAAACCUGAACUGUCUGGUGUUCUCCCUGUCCUCUCCCUCCUGUCCUUCUCUCCUCUUCCUCUCCUCCUCCUCCUCCCUUUCUCUCUCUCCCUCCCCCUCCAUUUCUUUCUUUUAUGGAAGCAUGUGUGUUGCUGCUGUUUACUUUAAAGUUUAAACUGUUCAAAGUGGCCAAACUGGAACAUGUGAAUGUCUGUUUUUAUUAGAAGUUCAACCCAAAUCUCACCUGUAGUUUUAUCCAUUUUCUUUUUGAAUAUCAUGCCUGGUGUGUUCCUAGUGUCGGCAAACUUUAGUAUUCUUAUUUAAUACGUUAGCUGAUAGCCAUUGACGUCAAUAGUAUCUUAUCGCAUUACAUUUAUCAGUUAUUUCUGAGCCUUUAAGGCAAAUCCCAAUUGUCAUCCCAAAUUAGCUGCUCUCUCCACUUAAAGAUGGGUGUACCUACUCGCAGUAUUUAUUUAUGGUUACUUCUUUUGCCAGAACUUUGUAUAUUCUAUCGGUCGCCAUUUUCUAAGUAGCAUUGUUUUUUCUCUCGACUGAAGUCUUUAAUUGUGAAUUGUACCAUGUUUAGCAGGUCAUUGUGGAUUGGAUGCAGUAGUUGUGUUUACUUAAUUUAUCUAUGCAUAUUUGUGCUAUGUUUGUUUUCAGGGGUACAUAAUGUCCGCCAUGUAAAUCACCAUGACGUUGUCGUCUUUAUGUCCUUGCAUCCCAUAAUAAGUUAAAACCAGUCAGAGAAUAUAUUCACUCUUUUGGUUCUUUGCUUCUCAUGUAAAUACUUAGCAGAUAGCCUUUAAAAAGUCUAUGACUGACCUCUUACACUUGUGAAUCUGUGUUGAUACAAAAGUUUUAAUUUCUCUGUAAAAGGCAAUAAUUUGUAGAUAUGUACAGAUCUUUUGGAUUUUUCAUUUCGUUGGGGUGUUUCAAUUUGUUUUUUUUCCAUUGUUAAAAAGAAGGGGAAAAAUGCCUGAUUACCACAACGACAGCGAAAUCACGCAUGCUAGCUCGCGUCACUGAAAAAAAUUACCCAUUAUGGUGUUGAAAUUUUUGUGUUUUCGAUUCGCAGUGUAAGUUGAUUUUCCUCCCAAAUUCUUGAAUUGUUGAAAAUGUUGUCUCUAUUUGUCUUGAUGGUUAAAGGGACGACUGCUGCUCGACACUAUUGGGGAGCCAUAUUGUUUUUCUUAAAUGCAGUCCUCCAGGCUCUCCCAGCUUUAGCGGUGCAGUGCUUAUUUAUUUCACCUGUGGCUUGUAUAAAGAUUUCCGAAUGUAAAGGCCAUUAAAAGUAGAAGUAGGUUUUUUCACCACCCUGUGAACUCUCGAAAAUGUGAUUUUAUUGGUAUAAGACUUGUGUGCAGAUGAGCACUAAACACCUUUUAUUUUAUAUUUUGUAUUGUGUUUUGAAGUUUAAAAAAAAAAGGAAAAAUGGCAGUUGUGAUUUUGGAAAAAAGUCCUUUGAAAGAAACACUUACCUUUGUGCAUAAAAAAAAACCUACAAAACUCUAAAAAUGUAUAUCCAGAAAUAUAGACAAUCAAACUUCACUAUAAGAAAUGUU